CGUCCAAACACUUUGCAUGGUUGUAGCUGGUUUUGGUUAAUAUUUGUAAAUCUGGCUUCAAUUUGAUAACGUGCGCGUUUAUGGCGUUCUAAAAAAAGUAUUUUAAUUUUUUCGUUGUUGCUAUUAACUUUAAUCUGGGAUUUAAUUUGCUGCUUUAAAAAGGAUAACACACGCAGCAGCGAUUAAACUGAGGUUUGAUUGGCCAUUAUUGUUAUCAAAAUGGCGGCCGCCUCCAAAAAUGCCAACAACAGGAACAAGCACACAGCCUCCUCAACUGAUAGUUACAGUUUGGACGAGGACAGGAAAAUGAGGAACUCCAUUCUUCAGAGAAACACCUUCAACCAGUCGCCCUUCACCCAGACUAGCAGACCGAAGGGACUCCCGGGACUGCCCCCUCUGCCCCCGGAUGAGAGCCGACAGCCGAGUGAGUUGUACGAGGCAGUUCUGAAGUACUCCGAACAUCCCCCUCUCAUGGACAUGACGUCAUGGACACUGGCAUCUCCUUAUAAAGAGAUAGGCAAACACAGGGGACCCAGUGACGCCAUUGCCAACAACUUCACCCCACAAGCAUCGGACUUCCAACUGAAGCGAAUGAGCAAAAGUGCUAAAAUCGCCAAGAAUGGAGGACUGAAACCACCCAAUGGGAAAGCACAACUACCCCCCGUCCAGAAGAAGUCGCCCAGGGAUACUAAAGUCGUGGACUACCCUCCGAGUUAUGCGUUUCAAGAAGAGGACAGACCCCUGUCGCCAGUUGGACAGCUGGACCUGAUACAAGAGAAGGAGGGGAGAGAGGACAAACUGCACCCUAAGCCACUAGCCCAGGACCUCCAGAGAUACGAGUACUACGUGAAGAAUGGUAUCAGGUCGGACAUGGUAGCCCCCCGAGCAGGAGGGGAGUGGGAGCAGAUCGAGAGCCUCAUCCCAGAGGCAUUCCUUAUAGCCCCCCAUCUGCAGGACCUGAAUGGGGAACUACAUGACGAAGUGGACCACGACUACCAGAUGAGCAUCAGAACCGCCAUUGUCGACUAUAUUUUGCUCGACCAAUCAGAGCGGACCCGCCUCAACAUCAAAGCCACCCAAAGACCCUUCCCAAAACGCACAUACAGAGCUCCUGUUCCGUGGCACGAUACCUUCGCAUACCAGAAGGAAUUCUGCGACGAACAUGUUCAUAGCAUCAACGAAAUGAUGCUCAUGGUUCAGAAUCUCUGGGAAAUGAAGUAUAACAAAGUGAGGUUUGUCCGAGUGCCGGACAUCAGAGCUGGUGGUUUGCCUAUCGUGCCAGAGGAACUGGCAAAUUUGAUCCAGCAGCACUGCGAUGAUGCUCAGAAUUUAUUAUCCAAACGGUGGCUACCGGAGCUAGCAGAGUUGUUUCUGAAGAACAAAUCCAAGUGGGUCCACCUGGCUCCAGCUAGAGAGUCCGACUCACGACAACUCAUCCGAGAGUUCUUCGACACAGUGGGAACUCUAAUGAGUCGCCAGCUGCGUGAAUGCGUCACCAACUCCCUUUCGGAUUUCGUCCAGUUUAUGGAAGAACACAAAGCUGGAAAUCAGUACGAGGGCGAGUACCCUGAGCUGCGCUUCAAUUUGAUUCCCGUGAUGAAGGUGAAAUUGCUGAUAGAUGAGCCCAAAAUAGUGAUCGAGCCCACAUUCAGAGACGUCAAAGAACUUAUUCAUCAGAGCAUCAUUGAAAUCCUACACAAGGGUGACUCCAUUCCGCGGCUGGAGUGUGAGCUGUUUCCGGAUGUGAAGGGAAAGCCGUUCUUCCUCCGUCCAGUCAGGCUAGAGGAGGCACUGGUGGGCGAGUAUGUUGAGAGGGCAUUUGAAGUACUCCGAAUCAACACACCCGGACCACAGAGUUAUCUGACCUGGUGCAAGAAGUAUCAGGAUCUGCUAAAUGGAAAAUCGGACAGCGAAGUAGUCAGCUUCUUGAAAACGAGACACGACAUAGACGACUACGAGCGCAAAUUGCGAGAGAUACAGGCCCUCAAAGACGAAAUAGCUCUUCUGAGGAUCACAGCCGACUUCUCACUGUACCAGCUGGAUCUGAAGCAGUUGAAUCAGGACUUGCAGAACAGAGUGCAAGCCUUGAAGGACAAAAUUGUCACGAAUGAAGUGAAACACAACAGGAAUUUGAACAGAGAUCUUUGCCAGAGGUAUGGGCAGAUCCAGUCCAAGUUGAAUGAGAUCCCGGAGUCAGUUGAGCACUUGGUGGAGCUGACCACUUUCACUCUAGAGACCAACGACAAGACUGUGUUUGCACUCCUACGAGAAGUUCAAGACGCUCAAGACCGUCUCAUGUUCCUGCUGGACUACGCCGCCUUCGCCCAGGAAGACCUGGACAAGAAUGCAGAGGUGUUCAGCUGGCCGGCCAAGAUCAACGAUGACCUGAAGUUGAACCAGGAGAGGUUUGAGGAGUUGAGGGAGACAGGGGAGGAUAAGUUGAGAAAGAGAAGGAGUAACUUCGAGAAGAGACUGGAUAGUAUUUACAAGGAGGUCGAGUUGUUCAAGAAGAAAGAUAUUCUGAGUCAGGACGAGAUGGAGGUGAAUGUAAGCAAACUGGGUGAGCUGGAGAAACAGAUCGAGGCAUGCAGAGACGAAGCAGAGCAGAUUAACGAUGAGGAGAAAUUGUUCGAGUGGGAGACUACUGCGUUCCCGGUGAUCAACGAGAUCGUGGCUCUCAAAGAUCCCUUCGAAAAACUAUGGACAAACAGUCUCAACUUCCAUAACUCACACGAGAAAUGGAUGAACGGAGCCUUCCUUGGUCUGGACUCGGAGGUGAUCACUGAGGAAGUAGGGAACAUGUGGAGGACUCUCUACAAACUGAGCAAGAGUCUCCAGGACCAGGGACCCCAGAGAGUGGCAGUGCAGCAGAAGACUAAAGUGGACAAGUUCAAACAGUACCUGCCCAUCCUCACUGUCAUCUGCAAUCCAGGUCUCAGAGACAGACACUGGAAGGCCAUGAGUGACAUCGUUGGCUACAACAUCAAGCCAGAGUCCGACUCUACUUUGUACCAGAUGAUCGAAACUGGAAUCGGAAAGUCAAUUGAGAAACUGGAGGAGAUCAGUGGGGGUGCUUCGAAGGAGUACUCUCUAGAGAAGGCCCUGGAGAAGAUGAAGAACGAGUGGAAGGAGAUGCAGUUCGAAAUGAUACCUUACAGAGAGACUGGCGUGUCCAUUUUGUCUGCAAUUGACGACAUCCAGAUGUUGCUGGACGACCAUAUAGUCAAGGCCCAGACUAUGUGUGGAUCUCCCUUCGUCAAGUUCAUGGAGGACGAAAUGAAGGCGUGGGCAGACAGAUUAGUCCUCAUACAGGACAUCUUGGAUCAGUGGCUGAAGUGCCAGGCAACUUGGUUGUACCUGGAGCCUAUCUUCUCCUCCGAAGACAUCAUCGCUCAAAUGCCCGAAGAGGGACGCAAAUUUGGAAUCGUCGACACUUACUGGAAAGAUAUUCAAAGCGAAUCGGUGAAGGACACUCAUGUGUUGGCGGCCACAAGUCAGUCUAACAUGUUGGGCAGACUGACGGAAGCAAACAAACUGCUGGACGAGAUCCAAAAAGGACUAAAUGACUAUCUGGAAAAGAAGCGACUAUUCUUCCCGAGGUUCUUCUUCCUCUCAAACGAUGAGCUCCUCGAGAUUCUUUCCGAGACCAAAGACCCUCUUAGAGUGCAACCACAUCUCAAAAAGUGCUUCGAAGGUAUCGCCAAACUGGACUUCACUGACGACCAGGAGAUCCUCGGAAUGAUCUCAUCUGAGAAAGAAAACGUGCCCUUUGUCGGAACAAUUGUUCCUGCUAAAUCAAAAGGCAUGGUUGAAAAGUGGCUGAUUCAAGUUCAGGAAAUGAUGUUGAAAAGUAUUAAAAAGAUAAUUGGUGAUGCGAUGGAAGCGUAUGCCAACACUGCACGAGUAGAGUGGGUUAAGCAAUGGGCAGGUCAAGUUGUCCUCUGUGUGAGUCAAACUUACUGGACUAUGGAAGUAGAAGAGGCUUUGAAGAAACCGAAGGGGCUGGAGGAAUACUACGAGAAGUGCAACCAGCAGAUCAAUGACAUUGUCAGACUGGUCAGGAGUCCCCUGGAACCCGGCACCAGGAUAUCACUGGGAGCACUGAUCGUCAUUGAUGUACACGCACGUGACGUGGUUGGCGAACUGGUCCAAGCCAAACUGUCUUCCCCCCUUGACUUCAAAUGGAUCUCACAGUUGCGUUACUUCUACCAAGGAGACGCACUUCACGUGUGCAUGAUAACGACUGACUUGUUCUACGGCUGCGAGUACCUCGGAAACUCAGCGCGUCUUGUCAUCACACCAUUGACAGACAGGUGUUAUCGGACUCUGAUGGGAGCGCUGAAGUUGAAUCUAGGAGGCGCGCCCGAAGGACCCGCGGGUACUGGAAAGACGGAAACAUCGAAAGAUUUGGCCAAAGCGGUGGCAAAACAGUGCGUGGUGUUCAACUGUUCGGAUGGUCUGGACUACAAGGCGAUGGGAAAGUUCUUCAAGGGACUCGCUCAGGCAGGAGCAUGGGCUUGUUUCGACGAGUUCAAUAGAAUUGAGCUGGAGGUGCUGUCAGUGGUGGCACAGCAGAUCCUCACCAUCCAGAGAGCAAUCGCUAGCGGGGUGGAGCUAUUUGAGUUCGAGGGUACUGAGUUGACCCUGGACCCUACUUGCACUAUCUUCAUCACUAUGAACCCUGGCUACGCCGGUAGGAGUGAGUUGCCGGAUAAUCUGAAGGUGCUGUUCCGCACAGUGGCCAUGAUGGUGCCAGACUAUGCCAUGAUUGGCGAAAUAUCUCUCUACUCUUUCGGCUUCAUCGACUCAAAGAGUUUGUCGAACAAGAUCGUGGCGACGUACCGACUGUGUUCGGAACAGCUGUCCACUCAAUCUCAUUACGACUACGGAAUGCGAGCAGUCAAAUCUGUCCUCACAGCCGCAGGAAACCUCAAGCUAAAAGAUCCCGAAGGAGACGAAACCAUAAUGUUGCUGAGAGCCAUCAAAGACGUCAACUUGGCCAAGUUCCUCUCCCAGGAUGUCCCCCUGUUCAACGGAAUCAUCAGCGACUUGUUCCCUGGAGUGGAACUGCCCCUGCCAGACUACCAGUUGUUGCUGGAUGCUCUCAAGGAUAACAUUGCUCAGAUGGAGCUGCAGGCCACGCCCUGGUUCCUGGAGAAAAUCAUCCAGAUCUUCGAGAUGAUGUUGGUGCGUCAUGGCUUCAUGGUGGUGGGGGAUGCUAUGGGUGGGAAGACCAGUGCCAUCAUGUCCCUCAAGGCCGCCCUCACUGACCUCGCAAAUGCCAGUCUCAUGGAUGCUACCAAGGUCCAAACCAAAAUCUUGAACCCGAAAGCGGUCACGAUGGGUCAACUGUACGGACAAUUCGACCCCGUAUCACACGAGUGGACAGACGGAGUGUUGGCAGUCUCCUUCCGAGACUUCGCCUCCUCCCCCACCCCAGACAGGAAGUGGCUCAUUUUCGAUGGACCCAUAGACGCCGUGUGGAUUGAGAACAUGAACACUGUGUUAGAUGAUAAUAAGAAACUGUGUCUGAUGAGUGGCGAGAUUAUCCAGAUGAGUCCUCAGAUGAGCAUGAUGUUUGAGCCGGCGGAUCUGGAGCAGGCCAGUCCGGCUACCGUGUCCAGGUGUGGCAUGAUCUACAUGGAACCCAUGGAGCUUGGUUGGCAACCAAUCAAGAGGUCCUUCAUGGAACAUGAUCUGCCACGAAACUUGACAGAUGAGCACAAGAAGAUGGUCGACGAUCUGUUCGAGUGGCUCAUUCCACCAACAUUCGAAUUUAUUGAUUCUAACUGCAAACUGUUCGUGAGUACUGGUCGAAUCCACUUGUGCAGGACCAUGCAGAAGUUGUACGUCUCUCUCAUGGACGAGAUCUUCGAGGCCGCAGAGGCAGCCGACAAAGAGGUGCUGGAGGAUGAGUCAUCAGGAACCACAUCUGCCAAAAAGAUGACAGAACAGCAGAUCACAAUGCACUUGCAAAACCUGUUCACGUUCUCUCUCGUCUGGACUCUGGGAGGAGCGAUGACUGGGGAUUCGAGGGCCAAAUUUGACGCCUUCUUCCGAGAACUCACCAACGGAAUGAAUGACGACCACCCCAAACCAAAAUCUGUCAAAAUCAACAAAAACAACAACUUCCCUGAGCGCUCCUCUGUAUUCGAGUUUUACUUUCACAAAGGAGGAUCUGGAUCAUGGGGCAACUGGAUUGACUAUUUGGAUAAAUCCAAGCUGCAAUUGGCACCAGACGCCAAAGUAUCUGACUUGACUAUCCACACGAACGAUACCGCCAGACAAAUUUUUUUCCUGGAUACUUACACUGGUCAUAAGAUCCCUCUGCUGUUUGUGGGACCUACAGGAACUGGAAAGUCUGUUAUUGUGAAUCAGUACCUGAUAAAAUUGCCGAAAGACAAGUAUCUGCCGAACAUAGUAAACUUCUCGGCGCGCACUUCAGCCAAUCAGACGCAAGACAUCAUCAUGUCCAAGUUAGACAGGAGACGAAAGGGAGUCUAUGGACCAUCCAUGAACAAGGAGUGUGUGUUGUUUGUGGAUGACCUGAACAUGCCCAUGUUGGAGAAGUAUGGGGCACAGCCUCCUAUUGAGUUACUGAGACAGUGGGUGGAUCACGGAAACUGGUACGACCGGAAAGACACUUCCCGAUUGGACAUCGUCGACGUCCUGUUGGUGUCUGCUAUGGGACCCCCUGGUGGCGGUAGGAACAAUAUCACGGGGAGGAUGAUGCGCCACAUGAACAUAGUGGGAAUAGACUCCUUCGACGACGACACUCUCCAGAAGAUAUUCACCACUAUAGUCGACUGGCACUUCUCCAAGGGAUUCGACGGAUCAUUCAUGCGACUCGGAAAACUAAUGGUGAACGCAACUAAAGUGGUCUACAAAGACGCCAUUCAUCACUUCCUCCCAACUCCUUCCAAAUCCCACUACGUGUUCAACUUGCGAGACUUCGCUCGAGUAAUCAAAGGUGUUCUCCUAGUCCCGGCAUCCAACAUGAUCGAAUCGGACAAACUGUACCGUCUGUGGAUCCACGAAGUCUACAGAGUGUUCUACGAUCGGCUAAUUGACCAGGAGGACAGGGAGACCUUUUUCAGCAUAGUGAGUGGAGCUAUUAAGGACCACUUCAAGUCGAGUUUGGACAAGGUGUUGUCGCAUUUGUCCAAGAGUGGCAAGGUCACGGAUGAGGACAUUCGAUCGCUGUUCUUCGGAGACUACGUGUUCCCAGAUGCAGUGCCUAAGAUCUAUGACGAGGUGCCAGAUAUGGAUCAGCUGACGUCAUUGAUGGAACAUUACUUGGAAGAGUACAACACCAUGACUAAGACACCGAUGUCUCUUGUCAUGUUCAAGUUCGCCAUUGAGCACAUCUCGAGGGUGUCUCGGGUUCUCAAACAAGACAACGGACACGCCCUUCUCAUCGGAAUCGGAGGUUCCGGGCGUCAAUCGGCGACUAAGAUGGCCUGCUUCAUGGCUGACUACGAACUGUUCCAGAUAGAAAUCACCAAAAACUACGGAAUACCGGAGUGGAGAGAAGACAUAAAACGGCUCAUGAUGAAGUCUGGUGGGGAUGGGAAGCAGACGGUGUUUCUGUUCUCAGACAACCAGAUCAAACAGGAGUCCUUCCUGGAAGAUGUGAACAUGAUUCUGAACACGGCUGAUGUGCCCAAUCUGUUCGCGGCCGACGAGAUGAUCGAAAUCAUUGAGAAGAUGCAGACUGCUGCCAGAAACGAGGGCAAGAAGAUAGACUCGACUCCACUGUCUAUGUACAACUACUUCAUAGACCGAGUGAAGGCCAAUCUGCACAUAGUGUUGGCCAUGAGUCCAAUCGGGGGUGCAUUCAGAGAGAGGUUGAGGAUGUUCCCAAGUCUCAUCAACUGCUGUACCAUCGACUGGUUCAUGCCGUGGCCGUCUGAUGCACUGGAAUUGGUUGCCAACCGGUUCCUGGAGUCCCUGGACAUGGAAGACAGUGUGAAGGCGGCCACUGUGUGGAUGUGCAAAUACUUCCACGAGGACGUCCGACAAAUGUCCAUCAGGUUCCUGGAACAACUGAAACGUCACAAUUACGUAACUCCCACUUCGUACUUGGAGCUCAUCAAAACGUACAAGAAACUCCUGACCCAGAAGCGAGAGGAGAUCUCACAACUGAAGUUCCGAUACGAGAACGGUCUGGAACAGCUGGCGUUUGCUUCUUCUCAAGUGUCGGUGAUGCAGGCUGAGCUGGAGGCCCUGAAACCUGAAUUGGAAAAAACUUCAGCCGAGACUGAUAAGAUUAUGGUCAAAGUGGAGCAGGAUUCCGUCGAGGUGGAUGCGAAGAAGGAGAUAGUGGCGGCGGAUGAGGCAGUGGCCAAUGAGGCUGCAGCUGCCGCGCAGGAGAUCAAAGACGAGUGCGAGGCAGAUCUGGCUGAGGCCAUGCCCGCCCUAAAUGCGGCUAUGUCGGCGCUGAACACUCUGAAGCCCUCUGAUAUCACUAUUGUGAAGGCCAUGAAGAACCCACCCGAGGCUGUCAAGGUCGUCAUGGAGGCUGUCUGUGUCAUGAGACAACAGAAGGCCGAACGAAAACCGGACCCGUCUGGAUCUGGAAAGAUGGUCGAAGACUACUGGGGACCCUCUCUGAAACUCCUGGGAGACAUGAAGUUUCUCGAGUACCUGCAGCAGUUCGACAAGGACAACAUUCCGGGGCCUGUGAUGAAGAAGAUCCGAGACAAGUUUGUGGACCACCCCCUUUUCAAACCAGAAGUGGUGCGAAAUGUGUCGACUGCGUGUGAGGGGCUGUGUAAGUGGGUCCUGGCGAUGGAGGUGUAUGAGCGAGUUGCAAAGGUUGUCGCCCCGAAGAAGAUCAAGUUAGCCGAAGCACAGGGCGAGCUUGAGGUUCAGAUGACAAAACUGAAUGCGAAGAGAGCUGAAUUGAAAGCCAUUGUGGACAAGUUGCAGACACUGCAGGAUAAGUUAGACGAGAUGACUAAGAAGAAGGAGGAGCUGGAGUUCAACAUCGAUCUCUGUGGUAAGAAACUGGACAGAGCCGAGAAACUUAUCGGAGGUCUGGGAGGAGAGAAAGACCGGUGGUCCAAAAACGCAGAGGAUCUCGGCUUCAAGUAUAUCAACAUAACUGGAGAUGUGUUGGUGUCUUCAGCUAUUGUCGCUUAUUUGGGAACAUUCACAGUCGACUUCAGAACUGAGGCGACUCACAAGUGGAUGGAGAAGUGUCGUGAGAAGAAGAUCCCCUGCUCUGAAGUUUUCUCCAUGGCCAACACUCUCGGAGAACCAGUGAAGAUCAGGGACUGGAACAUAGCCGGACUGCCUGUGGACAGCUUCUCAGUGGACAACGGAAUCAUUGUGGACAACAGCCAGAGGUGGCCACUCAUGAUCGAUCCUCAGACACAGGCGAACAAGUGGGUGAAGAAUAUGGAGAAGAAGAACAAGAUGCAGGUUGUGAAGUUGAGUGACGCCAACUACGUCAGGACUCUCGAGAACUCCAUCCAGUUCGGCACUCCAGUGCUGAUGGAAAAUGUGGGCGAGGAGUUGGAUGCGAUUUUGGAGCCGGUUCUUCUGAAGCAGACGUACAAGCAGCAGGGGGUGGAGUAUCUGCGACUGGGGGAGAACGUAAUCGAGUACUCGCAUGACUUCCGCUUCUACAUGACCACCAGAAUGAGGAAUCCACACUACUUGCCAGAAGUGGCUGUCAAGGUGACGCUGUUGAACUUCAUGAUUACUCCUCUGGGUCUGCAAGACCAGCUGUUGAGUAUUGUGGCGGCCAAGGAGAAGCCAGAGUUGGAGGAGAAGAAGAACGAGUUGAUUCUAGAGUCGGCUGCCAACAAGCGACAGCUCAAGGAGAUCGAGGACCAGAUCCUUGAAGUUCUAACCACCUCUUCCGGAAAUAUUCUGGAAGACGAGAAAGCCAUCAAAAUCUUGUCAUCGUCAAAAGUUCUGUCAGAGGACAUCUCUGCCAAGCAAGCGGUUGCUGAAAAAACUCAAAUCGAGAUCGACGAGACUAGAAGCGGAUACACACCAGUGGCGAAGCAUGCUUCUAUCUUGUUCUUCUGCAUUUCGGACAUGGCUAACAUUGAGCCCAUGUACCAAUACAGUCUCGCUUGGUUCAUCAAUUUGUACCUGAAUUCGAUCCAAAACUCAGCCAAGUCUGAGGUGUUGGAGGAGCGAAUUGAGAGUCUGAAUGAGCACUUCACUGAGAGCAUCUACAGGAAUGUGUGCAGGAGUCUCUUCGAGAAAGACAAACUCCUCUUCUCCCUCAUCCUCACCAUCGGAAUCAUGAAAGGAAGUGACAGAGUCGACGAUGACGUCUGGCGAUUCUUGCUGACAGGAGGCGUGGCCCUUGACAACCCCCAUCCGAACCCAUCGCCUCAGUGGCUCUCAGAUAAAUCAUGGGGUGAGAUUGUUCGUGCAUCCAAUCUACCCAACCUUAAUGGUCUGAUGGAAGAUGUCCAGAAUGAGCCGGAUGCCUGGCAGAAGUUCUACGAUGACGUCACGCCUCACGAGGCUCCCUACCCUGGAAAAUGGAACUCUUUGAGAGGUCUGGACAGAAUGGUUGUGCUGAGAUGUUUCAGACCAGAUAAAGUCGUGCCCGCCGUACAGGAAUUCAUCUCCGAGUACCAAGGCAAACAGUUCAUUGAGCCACCGACAUUUGACUUGGCAGGUACUUUCAUGGACUCCAACUGCUGUUCGCCCCUGAUCUUUGUCCUGUCCCCGGGCGCGGACCCCAUGAACUCCCUGCUGAAGUUCGCGGCUGACAAGGGACUGACUGGAGACGCUGUACAGACAGUGUCACUCGGACAGGGACAGGGUCCUGUGGCUACUCGGUACAUAGACAAAGCAUUGAAAGACGGAACGUGGGUGGUUCUGCAGAACUGCCACUUGGCCACUUCCUGGAUGUCCACUCUGGAGAAGAUCACAGAGGAGACCAUCAUUCCAGAGAACACCCACACAGACUUCAGACUGUGGCUGACGUCAUACCCCACCGACCAGUUCCCAGUGUCCAUCCUGCAGAACGGUGUGAAAAUGACCAAUGAGCCUCCUAAAGGACUGCGUGCCAACUUGAUCCGAUCCUACAAGAAUGACCCGAUCUCAGACUCUGAAUUUUUCGACGGGUGCAACAAGCCAGAGUACUGGCACAAGAUCCUGUUCGGACUGUGCUUCUUCCACGCAAUCGUGCAGGAGAGGAGGAAAUUUGGACCUCUUGGGUGGAAUAUUCCCUACGAGUUCAACGAGUCCGAUCUCAGAAUCAGCAUGCGACAGUUGCAGAUGUUUUUGAAUGACUAUGAAGAGCCCCAAUGGGAGGCCAUCUCCUACCUGACAGGGGAGUGCAACUACGGAGGGAGAGUGACAGACGACAAAGACAGACGACUCCUCAUGUCUCUAUUGAUCAUCUGCUACAAUCCAGACAUCAUCAAACAGCAAAACUUCAGCUUCUCACAGUCUGGCGUGUACUAUUGUCCGGAUGACAAUGGACACCAGUCGUUCGUAGACUAUGUCACAGAACUGCCGAUCAUCCCCAAUCCAGAAGUGUUCGGACUGCAUGACAACGCCGACAUCACCAAAGACAACCAAGAGACACAACAGUUGUUCGACGGAGUGUUGCUGACUCUGCCGCGACAAACAGGCGGGAAAGGCAAGUCUCCCCAAGAACAAAUCCAGGACUUGGCCAACGACAUCCUCACCAAAAUGCCUCCCAACUUCGACAUGGCUGCGGUGAUGAAAGCUUACCCUGUAGACUAUCACGAGAGUAUGAACACAGUGCUGAGACAGGAACUGAUCCGAUUCAACAGACUCACCUCCGUAAUCAGAUCCACCUUGCAGAACCUCCAGAGAGCCAUCAAGGGUUUGGUGGUCAUGUCAGCUGAGCUGGAUGACGUGUUCAACUCAAUGCUGAUUGGAAAAGUACCCGCCAGUUGGGCAUCGAAGAGCUACCCCUCGCUGAAGCCUCUGGGAAGCUACGUUGCUGAUUUGCUCACCAGAUUGAAGUUCUUCCAGACGUGGAUUGAGAAAGCGGCUCCGGACUGUUUCUGGCUUUCUGGCUUCUACUUUACCCAGUCGUUCCUGACGGGAGUCAGUCAGAACUACGCGAGGAAGUACACCAUACCCAUCGACAUCCUCGCCUUCGAGUUCGAGGAGUUCGAGGUCACAGACAUGGAGACGGAGGCAGAGGUCAAGCAGAAGGCAGAGGACGGGGCAUACGUUAGGGGCCUGUACAUAGAGGGUGCUCGGUGGGACAGAAAGGAACACAGUCUGAAUGAGUCACUGCCCAAGGUACUAUUUGACACCAUCCCUGUCAUCUGGUUGAAGCCAGUGAAAAAAGACGACAUCCAGAUGGGCCAGAUGUACACCUGUCCAAUCUACAAAACAUCUGCCAGGAGGGGUGUACUAUCAACUACAGGCCACUCGACUAAUUUCGUCAUGUACAUGCAACUUCCUUCUAAACAGCCGGAGUUUCACUGGGUCAAUAGAGGAGUCGCCCUCUUGUGUCAACUGGACGAUUAAGAAAUAUGACAUGCUCACAAACUUACUCGCACUUACGAAAAUUUUAAAUUUAAAAUAUCGACUUAUUUCGGAAACUAAAAUGAUAACUUCGUUCCAAUAUUUGGAGCGCUAUAUUUUUGAAUAUAAAAUGUAUAUAUUGUACAUAGUUUGUUCUGUUAUAUAGAAUUUCUUUCAAGCUUAAAAAAUCUGCUGAUUUACAA